CAAACCAUCGGCUCUCAUCGUACCGAACGCGAUAAAGAAAAGUAAGAGGGAAAAUAUCGAAGAAACGAAGAAUUAGCAAAGAAUGAGUGCUUACCAGUAAUAUGGGUUGUAUAUGCGGAAAAGAAGCGUCACGGAAACAAUCGAAUGCACUGCUGGAUAGAACAAAGGGCAAGACUAUUCAUGUUGUUGACUUUCUACGCCUGUGGUUCCAUUACGACAAGGAUCGAAGUGGAUACAUUGAAGGUGAAGAGCUUGAGCUCUUCGUUUCGGAUCUUGUAAAGAAACAGGGCGUUAAAGAAGACACUCCGGAAGCAGUACAAGCAGCUACUCGUCUCUUUCUCAAGAUGUUCGAUACGAAUCGCGACAAGAAGAUUGAAUUAAGGGAGUUUGUCCAGAUUAUUUUCACGGACAACCAAUGGACACCGUUUGACGUGAGAGAUAAAUUGAAGAAGAAAGAUUUUGAUGAGAUAUUUGCAUACUACGACAAGGAUGGCAGUCAACAGCUGGAAUGUAGGGAAAUGCAAACAUUCUUAAGGGACAUCAUGCUAAAAAUAGGCCAAGUAAAUUUUACAAUUAUCCUUACACAGGGGAUGGUCCUCUAAAAUUAUGUUUUGUCAACUUUUCUUAAUUAAUCACUUUGAAAAAGUCACACAAAAAAAAGUAAUUUGCCCUCAUUCUUUUCGCCCCAUUGAUAGGUUCCAACUGAAAGAGAACUAGAAGAACAGACAAGAGUCUUUUUCCAACUUUACGAUACAGACAACGACGGUAAGCUUUCGAAGGAUGAACUUCGAUUUUUAUUGUCGAAUAAAAAAUGAAAAGCAGAUGUUUCUCCGUCAAAUCAAUAAACCGAGUUUAAUCGGGCGUAUUUCGUUUUAUUUAUUUCUUUCCUCAAUAUGCUGGAAAAUAAUGUUCUUUUUCACGUAUUUUACUAUGUGUGCAAACAGUGUUCCAUUUUGUUAUCGGGCCUUAGCCUCUUUAAAGAUUCCUGUGCUUUUUUAAUACCGAAAGCUGUACUGCCUCCCUAUCUGCCUUACUAGUGCAUAUUGUAAUUAAAUAGGGAGGGGCGAACUAUGGAUAAGGAAAAGGGUAGAAUGGGAAUCAAAGUUAUUUAUUAAAAGAUAAUGCACUUAAUACAGCAGACGUACGCGUUCUUUUUCUAAAAUGAUGUUGUACUUGUUUAAGGGUGUAUAUUUAUAUAUUACGUACGUAUCAGAUCAAUAAAUUGACGAAGUAUAUAAUUAAUCAGUGUUUCAAGUUCUAAACGUCCUUUUAUCAAUAUAGCUAAAUCUGACGCCCUUGGAAGGUUGAAGAUGAAAAAAGGUGUAAAAAAAUGGCAUAGCUAAAUUAUAUAAAUUAGUAUACAUAUAUAUAUAAGUUACAAGAAAAACUUUAAGCUUUAGAAAGAUGCAAUUUUUGUCUAUAACAUCAAACGUUUAGAGAGCAUCAUUUAGCACUUUUUUAUUUUCACUUUUAUCCUAUAACAGCGAACGAAAUGGCGAGCAGAAAUAAUUUCUAUGAAAAAUACCCUAUUGAUAUCAACCCUAUAGUGUUUAAUUUCUAUAGGAUAUAUAUUAUAUACUACAGUCAAAUAUAGAGUAGUAUAUAAGUACUAGAACGUAGGCCGACUGUGUAGCCAUCUGUGUACAAGAAUGUUUUAAAAAUAAAAAUCAAAUAAAAUAUACCAAAAGCCUUUUUCGGUUCAGAGAAUCUCAUUGUUUCUUUUGUUUUUAAUGAGAAAAAAGAAGCCUCUAUUUAUAAAUUGUUUUGCAUUUGUAAAUGCCAAAUAUACUUUUUAUAUUAUGUAUAGUAGAUACAGUC